AUGCUGCGACGUGCCAGCGGAUUACUCGGUCGGAACUCGCUCACUAAGGCUGGUCAGCUGCGGUUUCUGAACUUACAAGAGUACCAGAGUAAAACACUGCUUGACAAUCAUGGCUGCACUGUACAAAAGUUCAUUGUGGCAUCCUCUCAGAAGGAAGCUGAUGAGAAGACAAAGGCCCACGGUCUUGUAGGAAACAUUGAGUAUGUGGUGAAAGCGCAAAUUCUUGCCGGUGGCCGUGGAAAAGGUCGUUUUAUCAACGGAAAGGAAGGAUUGGGCGGCGUUUUCGUGACUAUGGAGUGA